AUGGGGGGUGCGUCCGCGGGCCGGAUGGCUCCGGGGCAGGGCGGGCCGGGGCCGCGGACGGGACGGGCCGGUGGCGGUGCCGGUGCCGCUGCCCGCCCGCCCGGGUCACAUCGCCGCCGAGAGUGGCGCGCGCGGCCACGCCGCCGCCGGCCCCCGCCGCCGCCCGGCCCCGCCCCCGCCUCGGCCCCGCCAAUCCCCGCGCCCGCCUGGCCACGCCCCCGCCUCGGCCCCGCCAAUCCCCGCGCCGCGCCCCGCCUCGGACACGCCCCCGCCAGCCGCGCGCGCCCGUGCGAAGGGCGACGGCGCCCUCUGGCGGCGCGAGGACGCUCCCUCACGCCGUGCCUCCCCUCAGCGGGACCCACGACGGGGCGGACCCGGCCCCCUCAGAGCCGGGACGCGGCGGAGCACGGGCGGGGACAGCAGCGGGGACGCGCCAGGGGGAUCACAUUGCCGCAGUCCCGCUCCCCUCUCUCAUCCCCACCCCAAAAGGAAUCUGGAGCGAACCGGCAGCCCCACAGAGACGUGGCCCCUCUGCCCAGCCGCUCCCAGCAUGAGCGCUCCCCUCAGGUUCAGACGCUGCGGCCGCGGUCGGACACAACGCGGGGCGCCCCUCUCAUCCUCCUGCCUUCGCCUCCACCGCGCUCACCCUGCGCUGGGCAUCGCUCCGGAUGCCGCGGCCAAAUGAGCACACGGGAGCAGCGGCCCCUCUCGGGGGACACCGGCAUGCUCAGCACCCCUCAGCAGCAGCCCCUCGUCGCUGCCAGCCCAGGGCCGUGCCCCGGUACUCACAAGCCCAGCCAGGAGCAAUCUACAUCCACGGCCUGCAAAAAGAACCGUCCAGAAGGACGCUCGCCCGAUCGCGCUCUCCCCACGCACGGCCCUGAUGCUGCUUCAGGCGAUGCCAAAGCCUUUGUGGAGGAUGAAGAUCUGGGAUCCCAGUGA